AAUACAGUAUACACAUACAAAUAGAAAGAGAAAGAGGAAAGAGUGUUGUCUCCGCUGUCAAUCAAAUCUUAUACACUCUCUCUCUCUCUCUCUUUCUUCUUCUCUCUGCUCCAUCUGUCCUUCAUGAUUUCUGGGCCUCUCAGUCCCACCCAGAAACAUAUUUUUAGAUUCCCUUUUUCUUCUUUUAUUUCUCUACUUCCCAUACUUUCUCGAGAAAAAUUCAUGUUUUUCCUGAGAAAAUUCUCUUCAUAAUUGCUUUUGACUCUUCCUCCCACCAUGUUCUGUAUAUUCAAGUCAAAAUCAAAUCUUCUGCCACAAAAUAGGGUUUUGUUUUGGGCUUUGACCUGGUUUUAGAGGCGACGCGAGGCAACUCCCGUUGUUGAGAUUCCUUUUACUCUCAAAUUCAAAUUCUGGAGUUGCAAAUUCUGAGAACCCAACCCAAACUAAAGGUCCUCUUUUCAAGGUUAAAGAGUGCUUCUGAUUGAAAGUACAUUGAAAUGGAGGGUGGUAUCUAUAGAGGCAUAGGAAACGGGACCCAAGUAGAUGGGAAGGUUUUGCAGACAUUUCAGAAGAACUUUGUUCAAGUUCAGGACAUUUUGGACCAGAACCGGUUGCUAAUUAGUGAGAUUAACCAGAACCAUGAGUCAAAGAUACCAGACAACUUGAACCGGAAUGUGGGACUAAUCAGAGAACUUAACAACAACAUCAGAAGGGUGGUAGAUCUCUAUGCUGAUCUCUCAACUUCUUUCACCAAGUCGGUGGAUGCUUCAUCCGAAGGCGAAUCGGCUGGUACUUAUAAAUCAGAUGGAAAAACUAGUCAGAAGAGAAUUAGAUCCGGGUAGUUCUUUGUUCUAAUUGAGCUAUAUAUAUCUCUUAUUGAUUCUGAACCAUUCCAUUGUUGAAUAAGAAGAAAGAUUAUUCUGACAUCCAAAGGAAACAAGUACUUAACAAGAAUAACAUUUCUGUAUCACUUUUAGAUGUUUGAGGCUUUGAGCAUCAUCUUAAUUUUUAACCAAGCUUGAAUUUAAUUUACAUUUAUGAAUUCACCACUGUAGUUAUGCAAAACCUUUACUGCUGGAUCUUCAAUAUCCUUGUAACUGUGUUAAACCAAUUGGAUUAGAGGUUAUACAUGUUUAAUAUAUUGGUGUCUAAUUUUUAAGUU